AUGAACAAGCAGAAGAUUGCACUUAAUCAUGUGACCCAGAUGUCCCAGAGACGGGCUGAAAAGGAGAGUAUUGUCCCCCACCAGACCCCUCCUCAAAUGGGCCACAAUCAAGGAAUGCACCCUCCCGGCCUGGAGCUUUACACGCAUAGGCAGGAGAGCAGCUAUUCUUCACAAUCGGGCGAAAUCCAGCGCUGGACCGGGAUUGGAUUCGCGUAUCAACAGGAAAACGUGUAG